AUGGCGGCGGAUCUGAACCCGGAGUGGCUCUCCUGUCUCCCGUCUAUUUGGAGUUAUGGGGUAACCCGGGAUGGACGCGUCUUUUUCAUCAAUGAAGAAGCGAAGAGCACAACCUGGUUGCAUCCAGUCACUGGCGAGGCCGUUAUUACUGGCCAUAGAAAAACUCCAGAUUUACCAACAGGAUGGGAGGAAGGCUUCACGUUCGAGGGAGCGCGAUGCUUCAUAAAUCACAAUGAGAGAAAGGUGACCUGUAAGCACCCUGUCUCAGGUUCACCGUCACAGGACAACUGCAUCUUCAUCCUCAGCGAACAGUCAGUUCCCAAAGCUCCAGCCAGUGAGAAAAAGGAGCGGCCUCUGAGCAUGAUGACCGAGGCCUCAACCUACACCGGUGGCUCUGACUACUCCGCCCACACAAGCAGCUCUGCGGGCAGGCCCUCGAGACCCUCCAGAAAAGUCCACAACUUUGGAAAGAGGUCCAACUCUAUAAAGAGAUGCCCCACCGCCCCGGUUGUCAGGAGCGGCUGGCUGUACAAGCAGGACAGCACAGGGAUGAAGCUCUGGAAGAAGAGGUGGUUUGUGCUGUCUGAUAUGUGCCUGUUCUACUACAGAGAUGAAAAAGAAGAAGGAAUUCUGGGAAGUAUUCUCCUACCCAGCUUUCAUAUUUCCAUGCUUUCAGUGGAUGACCAUAUCAGCAAAAAGUAUGCAUUUAAGGCGACGCACCCGAACAUGCGCACCUACUACUUCUGUACUGACUCGGUCAAAGACAUGGAGUCCUGGAUGAAGGUGAUGACGGAUGCGGCCCUGGUGCACAUGGAGCCAAUCAGGAGACACGAGAGGCUGAAUGUUGAGCACCUCUCCCCACAGGAAGUGAAGCAUCUCAUCCCACAGGAAGUGAAGCACCUCUCCCCACAGGAAGUGAAGCACCUCAUCCCACAGGAAGUGAAGCACCUUUCCCCACAGGAAGUGAAGCAUCUCAUCCCACAGGAAGUGAAGCAUCACAUCUCACAGGAAGUGAAGCUCCAUGUCUCACAGGAAGUGAAGCAUCUCAUCCCACAGGAAGUGAAACACCUCUCCCCACAGGAAGUAAAGCACCUCAUCCCACAGGAAGUGAAGCAUCACAUCCCACAGGAAGUGAAGCUCCAUGUCCCACAGGAAGUGAAGCAUCACAUCCCACAGGAAGUGAAGCUCCAUGUCCCACAGGAAGUGAAGCACCAUGUCCCACAGGAAAUGAAGCACCAUGUCCCACAGGAAGUGAAGCAUCACAUCCCAAAGGAAGUGAAGCCUGUCGUCCCACAGGAAGUGAAUAAUGUGGUGAGCCAGCAGACUUUGACUCGGCCCGAAGUGCAGAAUAAUGAGCGGAACUGUGAAGCAGGGAUCCGCUGCAUUCAGGAGAGGAAGCAGAGGGAGGGAGAGAGGUAUAGCUUUGGGAAGGACAGCGUGGAGAUGGCCCUGACCAAGAUGCACAGUGCCAAGCUGCAGCCGGACCAGGCGGCAGCCAUUGUAGAAGCUGUGACAUCAUCGUCGUGCCAGUCCAACAACUCCGCCCCCCUGCAGGACAUCCAGUGCAAGGCCGAACAAGUGAAUGGGUCAGGGAACUGCAGCCUGGUGGAGGUGGGGUGUGCCCCGCCCCACCCUGCCCCUAUUUAUACCCAACCCCAGAGAGACUCCGCCCACACUCAGAUAGACUCUGCCCACACCCAACCCCAGAGAGACCCUACAUAUGUCCAACCCCAGAGAGACUCCGCCUACACCCAACCCCAGAGAGACCCCACCCAUGCCCAACCCCAGAGAGACUCCACCUACACCCAACCCCAGAGAGACCCAGCCCAGGCCCAGGCCCCUCCCAAAGAGGCCGAAAGGACCCUUCAGAGAACCAGCUCUAUGCAGCAGCUGGAGCAGUGGGUGAGAAUCCAGAGAGGAAAAAGCCAAGAGGACGACACCAGGAGUAUUGCCUCCUACCUUACUCUGCCCAGGAAGAUGCCCAGUCAGCGGGCGCAGGUGGUACCCCGCUACCCCGAGGGUUACCGCACGCUGCCCCGGAACAGGGUGAUGCGCCCGGACAGCAUCUGCAGCCUCGCCCCGUCACUGUACGACCGGGUGCUGGGGCCGCCCCCGUCGGCGGCGGAGAAGCGGCGCUCCAUGCGAGACGAAACCAUGUGGCAGCUGUACGAGUGGCAGCAGAGACAGGCCUACACCAAGCAGGGGCUCCCCAGGGGUGCCUACAGCACCCUCCCCACCGCCAAAACCAUGAGCAACCUCUCUGACUACGCCACCCCCUCCAUACCCCCCUCGCCCUCCCACGGCUCCCUGGCCCACUACCAGGGCUACUCCACCCUGCGGCCCUACUCCACGGACUUCCCCCCCACGCUCACCUCACACCACUUCCAGGGGGGCAUGACCCUGGACCGCCGCCACAGAAUGCACCUGACCAAGUAUGCCUACCCGCCUGACCGCAGGACCUUGACCGCUGGGAUGGCUGUUCAGACCAUCACUCCGCAGUACCUGCAGGGCAAGACGCCAGAGGAGCUGACCCUGCUGCUGAUCAAACUGCGCCGGCAGCAGGCCGAGCUCAACAGCGUGCGGGAACACACGCUAGCACAGCUCCUGCAGCUUAAUCUCGAUGCCUCCAACCCAAAGAAUGAGAUUCUUUUGCAUCACCUCCAAAGGAACCUCAUGUACCUGGACAGCCAGAUGAAAGAGAAUGACCCUAUAAUCAUCAUGAGUCACACAUUGAUUGAGAACUUGGCUCCAAGGCCUCAACUGUACCAGCAAACGCCCCCGGAGGACUACAGGGACAAUUCCUACAUCUACCGGCCAGAUGAGCUCGACAUUGACGCAAAGCUGAGCAGAUUGUGUGAGCAGGACAAAGUCGUGCGGACACAGGAGGAAAAGCUGCAGCAACUCCACAGAGAGAAGCACACCCUGGAGACGGCCCUGCUGUCUGCCAGUCAGGAGAUCGAGUCGAGCGCCAGCGACCCCGCAGCCAUGCAGAGCGUGGUGCAGCAGAGAGACCUGCUCCAGAGCGGCCUACUGAGCACGUGCAGAGAGCUGACCCGCGUCACCGCCGCCUUAGAGAGGUCGUGGAGGGAAUAUGACCGGCUGGAGAGUGAUGUCACUCAGGUCAGGAAUAAUCUGCUGGAGCAGCUGGAAGCCCUGGGGGCGCCUCAGACGGAGCCACCCAGCCAGCUGCAUGUGCGCAUCCAGAAGGAGCUGUGGAGGAUACAGGAUGUGACAGAGGCCCUGAGCAAGAACAGACCCCAGAGAAGCACUGACAAUGCUGGUUUAUCCACUAAAUACAAGAGCGAGGAGGACUUGGUAGCGCCCCCUCGGCCCCCCCUCCCGCAGCAUUAUGACAUCAUGGAGUUUCCGCCUGUGGUGCCCCCCCUGCCCACGGGCCGCGUUCCCCCCCACCGGCCGGAGGAUCGGAAGCCCGGCCAGAGGAACGCAGCGCACAGCGGCGCAGACUACCGGCUGUGUAAGAGUGAGCCAGAGCUGACCACAGUGAGGGAGGUGGAGGAGAGCGGUGGGGAGGACAAGGCCGAGACCAUGACAGAGAAAGAGGCGUCCAGCACCAAAGGUGGGUCCUAUCCUGUCGGGGUUGUGUCCCCGAGAACCAGGUCACCUGUUCCCGAGUCCUCGACCAUCGCCUCCUACGUUACACUUAGGAAGAGCAAGAAGCCCGACCCACAAAUGGUGGAGCAGCUGUGUGUCGCAGAUGUGGCACGGCGCAGGAUGACUGUGGAGGAGCAGCUGGAGAGGAUCCGCAGACACAGGCAGGGCCCUCUGAGAGAGAGGAAGACUCCGCCCUCGCGCUGCCCCUACCGCACUCUGCAGAGCCGAAAGAGGAGUGAGGGAAUCUCCAUCAACAUUCAGGAGCUGGAGACAUCACUACAUGACCAGGAGGUGAAGGAGAAGCCAAAGGUGAAGGAGGAGGAAGUAAAGGGGCAUGAAGUGAGGGAGAAGGAGGGGGAGCUGGUGGAGUUAAAGGAGAAGCAGGACCAGGAGGUGGAGCAGGAGAAGGUGAAGGUCAGCAAGGAGGAGCAGGAGCUAGAGGUGAAGGAGCAGGAGAAGGUGAAGGACAACAAGGAGGAUCAGAAGGGAAAUGAGCAGGAUGAGGUAGGGGAGAAGGAUCAGAAGGAGGAUCAAGAGGUACAGCUGGUGAAGGAGGACGAGGAGCAGGAGGUGGAAGAGGAGAAAGAGGUGGAGCUGGCAAAGGAGAAGGAGAAGGAGAAAGAACAGGGAGUGCAUCUGGAGAAGGAGGAGAAGGAGAAACAAGAGGUGGGACUAGUGAAGGAGAAGGAGGAAGAACAGGGAGUACAGCUGGAGAAAGCGGAAGAGGAGCAGAAGGUGGAGCUGGUGAAAGAGAAGGAGGAGGAACAGGGGGUGCAACUGGAGAAGGAAGAGGAGCAGGAGGUAGAGUUGUUGAAGAAGAAGGAGGAGGAGAAGGAUGGGGAGCUCUUGAAGGAGAAAGAAGGGGAGCAGGACAUGGAGCUGGUGAAGGAAAAAGAAGAGGGGCAGAAGAAGGAGGAGGAGCAGAAGUUGGAGCUGGUGAAGGAGAAGGAGGUAGAGGAGGAGGAGACCCAGGCAGAGGAGAUUGCACCGGUGACGGAGAAGGAGCUGAAGGAAGAAGAGUUGGAGAAGGCACAGGUGGAGGAAAUCGCCCCGAUGAAGGAGAUGGUGCAGCUGAACCGAGAAUGCCUCAGCACCAAAGGAAAUGAGCCAUGUGGAGAGUCAAAGCCUCAGGAUGAGUGGGACAGACAGGAGGAGGCUGAUGGAAUCAAAGGUCUCAUGACCAAAAACAGACAGAAUGUGGUACCGGCAGUGGACUUUACCGCCAGGGGUGAGGAAGAGGAGGAGGUCACAGAAAAAGAGCAGAAGAUGAUCAGCAUCUCCUAUGAGCUGGAGCCUGAGAUGGUUCUUUCGUCUACAGUGACAAGCCUACCAUCUCCACCUCUGCCCCCGACCCCCCCUUCUGCGCCCUCACCCCCCCAGCUGGUGGAAGGCUCCCACUUCAUGUGUGUGUAGAGGACAUAGGAACUGCAGCUCACUCAGCCCCUCCCCACCCUGCCAGCAGGUGGCAGUGCAGACUGACAGCUGAGAGAGGCCAGGCUGGAGACAUGAUGCGAAAGGAUGGCUCGCUGCGCAGAUCAGCAGGAUGGAGAACAGAAAGCUCUGCCACAGUUUGUGCACAUGGAACUGCGCAGAUGGUCAUGUGGUCACAUGACCUGGUCCAUGCUUGUGACAAAAACUGUGAACUCACCCUCUGAGAAAAAAAAAACACAAGAGGACAUGAUCUAUUCUUCAUGCUAGUAUUAGUAUGAUUAUAUUGUUAUAUUGUUAAUGUAAUAAUCUCUGAGUUAGAUUAUAGCUUAAAGAAGAGUUUUCAUUAAAAACAUGCAGGUGCGCAUCAACCACAGUGACCUUUGACCCCUGUGGAGAGUCUUCCUCACACCAGUCACUUAGGCACCCACAUUCACAUAUUCUCUCUCUGUCUCUCUCUCUAUCUCUCUCUCUCACUCUCUCUCACACACACAGAAACA